AAAAACAAUUAUCUAAAGCUGUACAACCCCUACCUUGUAAACUCACUUAACGGUUCUACAAGUUCUUCAAUUACUACAACUGUGGUGCCAGAAACUAUUUCAUCUGAAGAAUGUCCUAAAAUACCACAGAGAUACAAAUAUAUAAUCAAUGAGCCUAAUAAAUGUAAUGAACAUGUUCCAUUUCUUAUUCUACUUGUGACUGUGGAAAGAUGGCAGCAACAAGCUCGUCAAGCAAUAAGACAAACAUGGGGAAAAGAGGAUUUUAUAACUGGGGUAAAAAUACUGAGGUUAUAUUUAUUAGGAUCUGAUACCAUUAAUGGUGAACUGGCACUUUUGAGUGAAAGUGAGGAAUAUCAUGACAUAAUCCAACAGUAUUAUUUCGACACAUAUAACAACCUAACCAUUAAGGUACUGAUGGGUUUGAGCUGGGUAGUCAUGUACUGUCCACAAGCCAUGUAUGUAAUGAAGACGGACAGUGACAUGAUUAUUAAUACAGAAUAUUUAGUAAACAAGCUUCUGAAACCAGACCAACCCUUAAGAAUGAACUAUUUCACUGGAUAUUUAAUGACAAAUGCUCAACCCAUUCGAGACAGAAACAGUAAAUGGUAUAUGCCUCCAGAUGUUUACCCAGAGAAUCAAUAUCCACCAUUUUGUUCUGGGACUGGCUAUGUGUUCUCUGGAGAUCUGGCACAGAAGAUAGUUAACAUCUCCCCAAUUAUUAGAUGGCUACACCUAGAGGAUGUGUACAUUGGUCUUUGUCUAGAUAAAUUGGGAGUUCAGCCUGUAGUUCCACCAAAAAUCACUGAUUUCAAUGCCUGGAGAGUUAUGUACACAGACUGUGGAUAUAACCAGAUUGUCACAUCCCACAUGUGGAGUCCUGGGGAGAUAAUAUUUUAUUGGAAUAUGUUACAAAAAAAAAAACAUCUCUGUGUUUAAAACAUAAUAAAAUAUAUGUUUAUUAAUAAGCAAUAAAAAUAUUUUUCAGACAUGUUCAGAUUCUUCUAAAAUGCACCAUGGUGGACCCACGUUAACGUUUUGGGGCUAGCACAUUUUCCUUUUGUCCAGCAGUAAUUAGCAAAAUCGUUGAAACAGAAGACGUGGUGGUAAAUGUAAUAGCCUGAUACACGCAGGCAUUGAUAAGUAUCCUGGUCAU